AUGGCUCCCAGACAGCGCGUCGUUUCCGGUCGCCCCCAGAAGGGCUUCCUUAGCACCGCCUACGAGGAACUUACUGCCGCCGAAAAUGCUACCAUCGUUCGAAGCCUUCUUGUCUUCGGCGCUGGCGUCGCUUUCCUCCACAGCAGCCUCGGCGAGCUCCUCCUCCCUCCGUAA